CACGCUUAUCUCUUGCGUGCAUACGAUUGUGCGUAAACACGUGAAAUGUUUAAUACUGGAACCACAGCAUCCGUCAAAAUGAGAGGUUUCAAUUUACUCGCGAAACGAGUAAAUUAAUACUCUAAAAGCGUUAAAUAUCCGAAAUGAUUUGCAAAUAUAAAUAUUGGGUCGUCCUAUGAUUCGUUCCGUUGCGUGUUAAUAUUUUUCACGUUUCGUAAUCACAGAGUCAGUAGUCAGUAGAAGUCAGUAGUAGUCAGUAGAAGGUACUCGAGAAUGACAGGUCGUGAAGUUAUAAACAUUUUAUAUUUAAUAACAUAUUAUUUUAUAUGAUAGAAAAAUAAACGGCACGAACUUACGGGACCUAAUCGUUUCACUUGAAUAUUAUAAUGGAUAUAUGAGGAAAUCGAGAGAAAUCUAUUGUUACAAUAUUUAUAAGGAUUACAUAUUGAUCAUGUUAAACGCUCGGUUCUUCUACUGUUAAAAAUCCGCAACGAAAAGUAUGGGGGAACUUGACGUGAAGCUUGACUUUCGGUUUUUAAGGCAUGCUCACACCGAUUGAUAGUCCUUCCACGUGACCGGCGAUUGAUGGAGUUCGUUGAGAUUAGGAUAAGUCUUGGAUUAGGGUGACGAUUAGGGCGACGUGAGUUUCUAACGAUAACCGGUACACGCGCGACACGUUGGAUCGGUUCGUUGAAGGGGGGAAGUUUUUGUGAUGAUUGAUCGUUUUACGCGUAUCAGUGCCACGCAUCUUUUCCAUUCAAGGAUAACACACUUCGUACAUGUAAACCGUUAGUCUACACCUUUUCGUUGUUUGUGACCAACUGUUGUUACGUUGAACGUUAUAUAUUUUUGAAGCUCGAUACAGUUUGUAUAAUUUUAAACUGUCUUUUUUUUCAUUUAAUAUUUUGGUAAACUGGGAUAUUUAAAUAAGUAGGUGAGUUAACGUAUGUAAAUGUAUUUAGGAUCAACUUCGUUAUUCAACGAAUAAACUAGAAGAGAUAGGCUUCGUUAUCAAUGACGGCCGGCGUGCAACGCGUGAGAAGGUUAAUUGGUGGUUAAUAAACAUGGGAGUCGUGUAUGAUGUAGUUUGUAUGCUAUGAACCACUCAAUUCGAAUGCAGAUUAAUGUCAAGGCUAAACGGAACAGAUUUGAUGGUUUUACGCAAAGGCACGUGUGAAUGACGAUAAACCAUGCUUCACAGACACUCCUUAUCCUAAAGUCGAUCGAAAACGAAGUGGACAAUGACGUUAGCAGAAAACACCGAACCGAAACGAAGUUCCAGUGACCUUUCGAGCGCGGCGAUCGAAGAAGACGCGCGUGACGCUCAGAGGUCGGAGGAGAACUCGAACCUGAGCACGGAAGGGAAUCCACUGCUGGAGACCGAUAAUAAGUCCAUAUCGAUCAAGAUCGAGAGCACGGCCGCGAGAUUAAAGAAGAUGGACAGGGAUGACGAGGAUCAGGCGUCGCUGAAUAAUUCGAGAAAGGAUCCGGAAGCGAUUGCACAAAACAAUAUCGCGCCGCCGGAUGGCGGGAUGCGGGCGUGGAUGAUCAUGAUCGGCAGCUUCGUUAUCAACGGCGUACUUUUCAGCGUCAUCAACUCUUAUUCGUUGAUCUACCUCGAAUUGCAAAAGCGAUUGUUAGACGCCGGUGAUGUUGCAGCAUCUUCGAAAGCCGCUUUGGUUGGGUCAUUAACCAUUGGUACCACGUUCUUUUUAUCGCCGGUCUCUGGCAUUCUCACUGAUAAAAUCGGCAUCCAGAUGACAACGUUUUUGGGUGGCGCUGUCGCAUCCAGUGGAAUGUUCCUCUCAUCGAUGUUUUCUAACAAGGUGGGCUUACUCUAUCUGACUUACGGAGUGAUGUACGGACUCGGUGCGAGUUUAGCUUAUACGCCGAGUUUAGCGAUCUUAGGGCAUUAUUUUAAACGAUAUUUGGGCCUGGUAAAUGGUAUCGUCACUGCUGGUAGUUCAAUAUUUACCACCCUUAUGCCAUAUUUCAUGGAAGUUGUGCUUCGCCGUUUCGGAUUAGAAGGCACGUUAAGAUCCAUAGCUAUUCUCACCGCGGUCGUCAUGGCAUGUGGCAUACUUUUCAAACCAAUUCCUUUCACCUCUGAACCAAGGAAUCAAUUGAAGUCCAAAUCAAACUUCAAAAGCUGUUUGAAAGAGGUUGUUAACGUUUCUAUAUGGAAGAAGAAACGAUACGUGGUCUGGGCCAGUUCCAUUCCCCUCGCCCUGUUCGGGUAUUUCGUCCCGUAUGUUCAUAUAGGGAAAUUCGUUGAGACAGUGUUCAAGGGCGCGGACAGAAAGCUUCCAGUCAUGUGCAUCGGCAUCACGUCCGCCCUCGGCCGAUUGAUCUUCGGUUAUAUCGCCGAUUUACCCAAAGUGGACAGGAUAUUCUUACAGCAGAUAUCCUUUGUCAGUAUUGGCGUUCUCACAAUGCUUCUUCCCGUCACGCAUUCAUUCAUAGUGUUGUUACUUAUUUCUCUGGCUAUGGGAUUAUUUGAUGGGUGCUUCAUAUCUCUGUUGGGUCCUAUUGCCUUCGAUAUAUGUGGCCGGGAAGGAGCCACCCAAGCCAUUGGAUUCUUAUUGGGAAUGUGCUCCAUACCACUGACCGUGGGCCCACCAAUUGCUGGUCUUCUUUACGAUCAUACUGGUAGCUACGAUCUACCCUUCUUUCUAGCAGGUAUACCACCGAUAGUAGGGGCACUGAUGAUGUUCCUAAUAAAAUUCGUUAAAGACGACGACAGAAAUUGCACUGGAGAGAACGCGGACAAUAAAGCGGCUUGUCAAAAUGAGUACUCGAGCAUCGGCUUUCUGCCCCCGUGCUUCGUGGCGACACUCAAGAACGUGUGCGAACCACACGAGCAUUCACGCCGGAAGAUGAUGCGCUGGAACGUGCAGAAUCAUUAUUCAAGACGCUGCGGACUUAAGGGAGGCAUCGGGUGCCGGUGUCACGGUAUUAAGUGUCCCGAUCAUAACGAACAUUCGGAGAGUGUGCCAUUAUUGUACGACGAGAACGUAUCGCUGAGAUCGCAGUCGUCGAUGUUCCUUUCGUUUUAACGGGACUGCAACGAAUUUUGAUGAGCCGGAGUCAAUAACGUCUCGACUCUUGUGGUCUUUGCAGUUAAAACGCCUGGUGGAUUUCACGUUUACGAGGUGUUCAUUGGAAAAAUUAUUUCAACGUUUCAUUACCUUCGAAGAUUAAUAGUACGAAGAUAAAGGGAGGAAUAUUUUUGUAUGCCGAAUAUUGUACAGUGGAAAACGUUCAUUAUUUGCACGUGAUUGAUGCAUCAGUCGGAUAAUGAUAAUCUAGUUAACGCUGUAUUUGCAGAUUCGUAGUGCAAUGAUACUAUUUAGAUUAUGGAUUGUACGAUCCAUCGUGACGUGUAUUUUUAAACGAAGAUACCAUUUUAACUGAAGUGACAAUAACAAUUCAUUUAGUUAAAAAUUAUUAAGGAAAGAAUUUAGUGUUCAUGUUAGUUAUAUACUAGUUUUGUGUUUUAAUAGGUAAUAAUGAUGAGCUGAUAGCAUGACAUGAUGUGCAAUAGCCCGAUUUCAUUGUAAUGAAACGUUUAAAUCGUUUUUCGGAGGUAAAUGAAUAUUACUUGAAAGUCUGCAAUGUUUAGCUGCAAAGUACUUUAACUUUGAGUAUACUCUUGUUGGUAGAAACAUUAGAUCAGAUUACCGUCGUCAAUGGAUGUAGUCAAUUAUUAGCGAAUGUUAAAAAUGUUGCAAGAUAUAUGUAUUUUAGCGGUUGACACUAGAAUCUUGAUUAGACUUUGUGAUUUUAAUCAUUGCGUUGCUCGUAAAAUAUUUGAUUUCUGUUUCCAUGAGCAUUUUGUACGAAAGGUAUAGAUAAGCGUUGCGAUACCGAUGAAAAGAACAUAUUACAUAUGGUGUAAAACAAUGUUGUUAUUCAUGUCUCCCGCAGAAAAUGCGUCUCGUUAUUUUUAUCUUUUUAGAAAACUGUCGGGGCACGUUGCAUUUUUUGAGGGAGAAUAAAUGUAACUGCAGGUUUCUUCUUUUCUAAAGGGAUAUUGUAGAGUUGCCUCUAUAAGAUAUACUUACAUACACAUGGUUUCCUGUAUCAUAGAAUUUCGAUUAAAAAUUUUUGUAUUUGCUUUUUGAAAUUUUAAUUAAUUAAUGGAAUAUUAAUUAUAGCCUUUAAGAGAGUCGUUUUAUCGAAUUUAACGAAUUCAUCGUUCUUUUAUGAUACUAUUACGAUAUUUACUAUUUUACGUGACAGUUCAUUAUCUGUACGAAUAUUUAUUAACAGUGGUCUAUGUUUUUUAUAUAUUAUUUUCUUAAAACAUGGAACGAAUAUGUUUUCCUGUGUAAUUUCAAUUUCGAAAAUAAUUGGUUCGCAGAAUUGUCGGAAGUGCAUUUUUAAAAAUGAAGAAGUACGAACAUUCCAUUCGGCAUCUUCUGUCUCAUUCACGAUUGUAUUAUUAUUAAAGCAAUAUCCUGUAUUCAUUAAUAUUCGUUCGAAAUUCAAAUUCAUUAACGAAUAAAAACAUUUGUAAUUUAUUUCGCGUGGAAUCUGUUUUAAGAAAUAAAGGACCUAAAAAUUGUUUGAUAGAUAUGUUAUCGUC